UACUGCUAGCGGAAAUCUGGAAAAAAUGUUUUAAAACUUUUAAUAAGUCGUAAUUUCGUGACGUUUUUUCUCUAAAAACCACAUUGAUAACCACGCAGCAUAUUCAGAAAUGUAUUAAAGCAGUUGAAAAGGGCUCGAGUGGAGUUCAAGGGUCAAAAUGCCGAUUGUGAAGAUGAAGAAGAAAAAAUCGGGUGGCAGCUCGAAAAGUUUGCCAGUCCGUGUGACGACGAUGGAUGCAGAGCUGGAAUUUGAUAUUGAUAACAAGACUGUUGGUAAAGAAUUAUUUGAAUUGGUUUGUCGCACAAUUGGUUUGAGAGAAACUUGGUAUUUCGGUUUACAGUUUGUAGAUUCAAAGGGUUAUAUAGCAUGGCUCAAGUUCGAGAAAAAGGUUUUAGAUCAGGAUGUUCCAAAAGAAUCUCCUAUACCUUUUCUAUUCUUGGCGAAGUUUUCUCCGGAAGAUGUGUCGGAGGAAUUGAUCCAGGAGAUUACACAGCAUUUAUUCUUUUUACAAGUGAAACAGUCAAUAUUAAAUAUGGAUGUAUAUUGUCCACCUGAAGCUUCAGUAUUACUAGCAUCUUACGCUGUACAGGCAAAGUAUGGUGAUUAUGAUGAAAGUACGUAUAGAUCUGGUAUGUUAGCAAGUGAAGAUCUUCUACCACAGCGUGUUAUAGAUCAAUAUCAGAUGACAGCUGAGAUGUGGGAGGAAAGAAUUAAAGUCUGGUACGCUGAUAGAAGGGGGAUGACGAGAGAUGAAGCUGAAAUGGAAUAUUUAAAGAUAGCUCAAGAUCUAGAAAUGUAUGGUAUUAAUUAUUUUCAAAUCAAAAAUAAGAAGGGGAGUGAACUCUGGUUUGGUGUUGACUGUCGUGGUAUAAAUGUUUACGAACGGGAUAAUAGAUUGUCACCAAAAGUUACCUUCCCUUGGAGUGAAAUCAAAAAUAUUUCUUUUAAAGACAAAAAGUUCACAAUCAAAAAUGUAGAUAAGAAAGCUCCUGAUUUUAUGUUUUAUGCUCCUAAAUCACGGAUUAACAAACUGAUUUUAGAAUUAUGUGUUGGUAAUCAUGAUCUGUUUAUGCGACGAAGGAAACCAGAUUCCAUGGAAAUUCAACAAAUGAAAGCUCAAGCUCGAGAAGAAAAAGACAGAAAACAGCUGGAUAGAUCUAGACUACCUUGUGAUGAAUGUUUUUUUGUAGUUUUAUAG